GUUGUUCCUUGUUCUUACAGAUUGAUCACUUUGGAUUUGAUGAAAAUCGUACAUUCCGGCAGCGGUAUCUAGUAGCAGAUCAGCACUGGAAGAAAGACAAUGGACCAAUACUAUUUUAUACAGGCAAUGAAGGAGACAUCACGUGGUUCUGCAACAACACGGGUUUUAUGUGGGAUGUGGCUGAAGAACUUAAUGCUAUGUUGGUGUUUGCUGAACACAGAUAUUAUGGAGAAUCUUUGCCCUUUGGGAAUGAGUCUUUCAGCGAUUCCAAGCAUCUGAAUUACCUGACAUCAGAACAAGCUCUGGCAGACUUUGCAGUACUAGUUGACUACUUAAAGACAACUAUUGCAGGCGCCCGUCACAGUCCAGUCGUAGCUAUAGGAGGAUCUUAUGGAGGAAUGCUUGCAGCCUGGUUUAGGAUGAAAUAUCCCCAUAUGGUAGUUGGAGCUGUGGCAGCCUCCGCCCCAGUCUGGCAGUUUGGUGAUUUGGUUCCGUGUGGCGCUUUUUUCAGCAUAGUGACCAAUGAUUUCAAAAAGAGUGGGACAGGCUGCUCAGAAAGCAUCCGGAAUUCCUGGAAUGCUAUUAACCACCUUUCCUCAACAGAUGCAGGUUUGCAGUGGCUUUCCAGCACAUUUCAUUUGUGCAGCCCAUUAAAAAAUCUUCAGGAUGCUGCUGUAUUGAAAAAUUGGCUGAGUGAAACAUGGGUAAACUUGGCUAUGGUGAAUUAUCCUUAUAAAGCUGACUUCUUGCAGCCUCUGCCAGCUUGGCCUAUACAGGAAGUCUGCAAGUUCUUGAAGGAUCCCAAGCUCUCUGACAAAUUGUUACUGCAGAAUAUUUUCCAGGCAGUAAAUUUAUAUUACAAUUAUACAGGAGAAGCCUUAUGCUUAGAUGUGUCUGAGACUGCAACAAAGAAUCUGGGCCAAACUGGUUGGUACUAUCAGGCUUGCACUGAGAUGGUGAUGCCCUUCUGCACAGAUGGUGUCCAUGACAUGUUUGAACCUGAGAAAUGGGACUUUGAUGCAUUUUCAGAAGAGUGUUACAGACUGUGGGGAGUGAGGCCUCGCCCCUCUUGGAUUCUUUCUAUGUAUGGAGGAAAAAACAUCAGUUCACACAGCAACAUCAUCUUCAGCAAUGGGGACCUGGACCCGUGGUCUGCAGGUGGGGUGACCCAGAACAUCACCAAUUCUCUUGUGGCAGUUGUGAUCCCAGAUGGAGCCCAUCACCUGGACCUACGUAGCCGUAACCCUUUGGACCCCAAAUCUGUACAGCAAGCUCGAGCCUUGGAAAUCUACCACAUGAAGCAAUGGAUUGAAGAGGCCAGGCACAGUCACUGAAGUCACACUGCAACAAUUGUGGCUAUCAUACCUCCAUUGGCUUUGCUUGGGAGUAGGACCAGGCCUUACAAUGUGGUCAUUUGAGCAUUUCCCUCCUGCUUCCUCACCUGCAUUGCAGUGCUCACCAUUGCUUGUGCCCAUGAGAGAAGCAGGCAGCAGAGGGAUGGAGAGUGUUCUCGGAUGAUAAACUUCAGUCCAAGUUCAUGGAUUGAGCUGCCUGCUCUGCCUUGCUUUCCUCUUUUGCUCUUUUCAGAUGCUGUAUUUUACCAUGUAGUAACAGGUUCCUGUUCUAGGCUUGAUGCCUUGCUCCUCACUGAGCUGAGUGAUUGUUCCAACUGCUGGUACGUACAAUGGAUUAAAUGGCAGUGGUGUUGAUGAAACUCCUGCUGCCUGCAGUGGGAUUGAAUUUCAGACAUCCUCAGCUGGUGGAGAUAAUGGGGGAACAGAAAUUAUAUCUUACUGUGAUGUUCAGUGGAGAGGCAGGGAAGGCAUGGGGAAGCUGGCUGUGCUGUUUGUAAGGAAACUAAACAGCCUUUGGCCUUUGGAAUCAGUUCAGGAAUAGAAAUAAAUAUAUAAUUUUUUUCUCCUUAGUUUUCUUGUGGCUUAUUAAUCAGGUGGCUUUUGUAUUCUGUGCUGUACUGAAUGGUCAGGGCUGGGCCCAGACUCACUCUGCUGAUAAAUGGCUGAGCAUGCACAAUCUGCAUCGGGGUUUUAUUUUUUCCUUUGCUAUUUGUCCUAAUGCUGAAAGAUCUGUCACUGUGAUGAUGGUUGCCAAAGAAAACUGAGUAUAUUUUGUAUGUGUGUAUAUGUGUGUCUCCCCCAGAAACACUUAUCUUUUUAAAUCAGGAAGCUUUUGAAGCUAUUCUCUUGAAGAGCAAAUGUGACACUUGUGCUGGCUAGAUCUUAUGAAGUGACAAAUAAUUGGGGCUGUGCCUUGUGUGGGUUCCUCCCUCCCCUUCAUUCUGUGUAUUGUUCAAAUUCUACAUGAUCUGUUUGCUGAUGGCUCUUCAAUAAAAGCCUUUUUAAAAAAAAA